CAAAGAAGUCACCAUGAGAAUACCUAAGUCACUCCACUAUGGAAAUUCAGAGGCACUUGAUUUUAGGGUCCAUGCAACAGCAGCCUUCAUAAAUGAAGGAAGAGGCUACAUCUCAAAGCAUCAUGUUGAUUUCAGCAAUUUCCAUCAAGCCUACAUUAACUGUAAAUGAGGAAGCUGGUUUGUCACCUGGAAAGUAUACCCAGAAGUAUGCAGCAAAACAGAUGAAGCAGCGUCUAAGAAUUGAGGAGAGAUCAAAACUACCCUCAACAAAGAAAAGAAGAGUUCAGUUGAAACAGGAGAGAAAUGUUACACAGUGUGCAUUCCAGGCACUUGAGGGAGACACUUAUGAGUCAGAGAUUGGAUUGGCAGAUGAGGUUGAUAUUGAACAAAUCCCGGAUCCUGUUCCACGUGGUGUUUUCAAGCCUGUCACCUUGUCCACUGGAGAUCCUUCUCUUGUGAUGUUUGAUUUAGAGACCACAGAUCUGAUUCGAGGAAGACAGAUGCCCCAUAUUACACAACUUGCUGCACUUGAAUUGAAAACGGGGUCUGUUUAUAACACAUAUAUUCUUCCCAAGGUGCCCAUUACAGAGGAGGCAAUGAAUACCACUGGAAUAGUUGUAAAUUCAGAUUUAGAUAAAAUGACUGUCCAUGGAAAAGAAGUUGAUGCCGUGAAUAUUACAUCUGCUUUGACAGAUUUUUUGACAUGGUUUAAAGUUUUCCAAGAUGUAGUUUUAGUUGCACACAAUGGGAGGAAAUUUGAUUUCCUAGUUCUUAUGAGUACCUUACAUACUAGUAGUCUGAAAAUGACAACUAUGCUAUUUUCUACAGUUUCUGGUUUUAUUGAUUCACUUGGUGUCUUUAAGAAAGUCUUUAGUGGCCAGCCAAAUUAUAAACAGGAGACCUUGGUAAAAACGGUUUUAAACACCACGUACAAUGCUCACGAUGCCACGGAAGAUGUGAAAACAUUGGGAAUGUUGAUAAAACAGGCCAAUUUAUCAGAUUCACAAAUUUUACAAUUUAGUUUUCCACCAAUUUCUGUACUUCAUAGUGUUCAUUCAGCAAUGAGAAAUCGAAAAAUAUUACUUCAUUACAUGUUCUAA